AUGAAAAACGACAGUGAAGAUGAAGCCCAGAGCAACAAGCAGUUAGUGUUGCAUGCCCAGCGUUCAGUCCCGCGUCAAGCACAGCCAGAAGCAUUCUGCUCCCGUUUCAUCAACCCAGCAGACAUCCCUGCAGUCACAGACGAUGAAGACAACGAAGUCUCUUCUCUCUCCGAAUACGAGUCGCUAGAGAGCACCGAAGACUGGGAGCACCUCGUACCUCAAACCCCCACCGCAAACGUGAGCCCCAAACACACACCUCUUCCAUUCAUCCCCACUAACCCCCAAACCCCCCAGCAGUCCCCCUCGUAUCCGUUCCCGGGAACCUGGUCCGCGGCUCUCCAAGACUCCAACCACGCCAUGACCAAAGUCAGCAGCGCAACCCUCUCGUACGUCGGCGCCCUCGCCACCUCGGGCAUGGGCAAAGCCACGCGGAGCAUCAGCGCCGCCGCCCUCUCCACCACCAACAAGUACGCUGCCUCCCUCACCAGCUGGGGCCUCGCCAAGUCGGGUUUCGGCCGCAACGAACUCCCCGCCCCAAUCUGCAAGUGGCUCACCAAGAAAGAAGAGGCCGACAAGAAAAAGAGCAAGGCACGCAUCAAGAGCGAGAUGUCCCAGCGCGAGUUCACCGAUGCGAGGGGCAGGUAUAAUCUGUCAAAAACCAAGGAAGCUGAGGCUGGAGAAGAGACCGGUUGGGGCGAGCAGGAGAUGAGGGGCGGUGGUCCUUUUGAUGAUCGGUUCGCUAUUGCUGAUACUGACGAGGAGAGUGACAGCGAGGAGGGGGAGGAGGACGCGGGAGAAGAUGAUGGUCUGGUCAGCAUGUUUGAGUUUGAUGACUGA